AUGGCUGUCCCUAUUUCUACCGUCGCGGAGAGCAAGGAGCUCCGGGGCUUGAACCUCAUCGCUGCCCAUUCGCAUAUCAGAGGCCUCGGUGUCGAUCUGGACACACUACAGCCCCGUGGCUCAUCCCAGGGUCUGGUCGGCCAAGAAAAGGCGCGCAAGGCCGCCGCCGUGAUUCUGCAAAUGGUGAAGGAAGGCAAGAUCGCCGGUCGCGCCGUGUUAAUUGCUGGCCCUCCUAGCACCGGAAAGACUGCCAUCGCUAUGGGUAUGGCCCAAUCGCUUGGACCCGACGUUCCCUUCACGAUGCUCGCUUCAUCGGAAAUCUUCUCUAUGGAGAUGUCCAAGACUGAGGCUCUGACCCAGGCCUUCCGAAAAUCUAUCGGUGUGCGAAUCAAGGAGGAGAGCGAGAUCAUUGAGGGUGAGGUGGUGGAAAUUCAGAUUGAUCGAAGCGUUACUGGAGGCAACAAGCAAGGCAAGCUCACGAUCAAGACCACCGACAUGGAAACGAUAUACGAUAUGGGAACGAAGAUGAUCGAUUCAAUGACCAAGGAACGCGUGAUGGCAGGCGACGUGAUCUCCAUUGAUAAGUCUUCCGGCAAAAUCACCAAGCUCGGUCGCUCGUACGCGCGCUCUCGGGACUACGACGCCAUGGGCGCCGACACCAAGUUUGUCCAAUGCCCCGAGGGCGAAUUGCAGGUUCGCAAGGAGAUUGUUCAUACUGUCAGCCUACACGAGAUUGAUGUCAUCAACUCGCGGUCACAAGGAUUUUUGGCACUUUUCUCGGGCGACACUGGGGAGAUCCGAAGCGAGGUUCGCGAUCAGAUCAACACCAAGGUAGCAGAGUGGAAGGAAGAAGGCAAAGCCGAAAUUAUCCCCGGUGUUCUUUUUAUUGACGAGGUUCACAUGCUCGACAUUGAGUGCUUUUCUUACAUCAACCGUGCCCUCGAAGCCGAGCUGGCACCAAUUGUUAUCAUGGCCAGUAACCGCGGUCAGGCUAAGAUUCGUGGCACCACCUAUACAUCACCGCACGGUCUUCCUCUGGACUUCCUCGACCGGGUUGUCAUCGUCAGCACCCAACCGUAUAGCGCGGAUGAAAUUCGGCAAAUCCUUGCCAUUCGGGCACAGGAAGAGGAAAUCGAUGUCUCGCCGGAUGCCCUUGCCCUCUUGACGAAGAUUGGCGAGGAGUCUAACCUUCGAUACGCAAGCAAUAUCAUCACUACCUCUCAUCUCUUGAGCCAGAAACGCAAGGCCAAGGAGGUCAGCAUCGACGACGUGCAACGCAGCUUCCGACUGUUCUACGAUCCGGCUCGCAGUGUCAAGUUUGUCAACCAAUAUGAACAGCGCUUCAUCGGAGAUCAAGGCACCGUCAACUUCACGGCAACUACCAACGGUGAUGCCAUGGAACUUUCAUAA